GUGGUUCAGUUCAAUCUUUGUUGGAUCAUUCAUUCUGUUUUAUUUCACUUUGCCUGCACUUCUGAGUUCUGUCCCCAAGUUGGAUAAGGAGUUGUUGAUGCCAAAGGCAAAAUGUCCUCUCCAGUGGACAGUCAAGUUGCAUAAUGAUCUUUCUCUCUGUACUAACAAAAGUGGUGCAGACAUCCAGAGCAGCAGUCCAUGGAUCCUCCAGUGCAGCAUGCAGAGCAUGGCUCACUUCUGCUCAGGCAACUGGAGAGGAUGAGAACAGCUGAAGAACUCACCGAUGUGGUGUUGUUGGCAGAGGGGAUUCCCUUUUCUUGCCACAAGGUGGUGCUGUCUGCAUUCAGCCCUUAUUUUGAGGCCAUGUUUACAUGCGGCCUGAAAGAGACGCAGGAAGGAGAGGUAUGUCUCAGAGACACUCCUGCUCACAGCCUGAAGCUGUUACUGGACUACAUGUACCGUGCUGAACUCCCCCUUUCCAAUGACAACAUCCAGGGGGUGGCUGCUGCUGCCUUCCUGCUCCAUGUAGAUGGAGCCUUCAGGUUGUGUCAGAGCCACAUGGAGGCCCGUAUGGACUCUUCCAACUGUGUUGGUCUGUACCACUGGGCCAGAGACUUGGGGGCCACUGGGCUGGCUGACUGUGCCUUUAGAUAUCUCUGCCAACACUUUGCACAGGUUUGUGAGGAAGAAGAAGUGCUGGAGCUGGAUGCCCAAAGUCUUGCGGAUCUGCUGGGUUCAGAUGACCUUAACAUUUCACAGGAGGAGGUUGUGCUGGAGCUGGUGCUUCGUUGGGUGGAGAAGCGCAGGGGGGACUCAAACAGCGAAGCUCAGGCUGUGGAGUUACUCAGGCGUGUCCGGCUGGAACUUGUGGACCCUGGAUUCCUCCGUAAAGCCAGGAGAAGAAACCCGGUAUUGCUGAGGGAUGCGGAGUGCUUUGGGAUGAUUGAUGCUGCUCUCCAGACGUCAGGUCUCUGUCAGACAUCAGCUCCGCCUCGGCCAGCCCUUCGCUACGGCAUGGAGACCACUGACCUGCUGCUCUGCUUAGGUGGGGUGGAUGAGGAGGGAGUGCCUGCCCGCCGUGGAGGACUUGCUGACCUCAGCUUUUGCUUUGCCCCCCAUGAUAGAAGGACUUACUACAUCCCCUCUCCACUGAGGGGCUCUGGGGGCAUGGGCCAGAUCACAGUGGGGGCUGUGACACGAGACAACAACAUAGUGGUGGCCAUAGAGGCAGAAGACCAACACAGGAUGAAGAGGGUGGAUAUCUACAGGUAUGAUAAUUCGGAGAAGAACAGCUGGGUGGAGCUGUGCUCAGCAGCAUACAGGGACAUGUAUGCUUUAGGGGUGCUAGGUGACGCCCUCUAUAUGAUAGGUGGUCAGAUGAAAGUGCAUAAUCAUUACAUCAUCACAGACAGUGUGGAGAGAUGGUCACUGAAAAGAGGAGGCAGCUGGCUCAGCUUCGCUCCUCUGCCGCUCCCUUUAGCCUGCCACUGCACCAUUACCCUGAAGGACCAUCUCUUUGUGCUGGGGGGCUGGACACCACAGCACCUGCCAGAUGAAGAGCCAGACAAGCUGAGUAACCAUUUGUUUAAGUUUGACCCUGGUAAGGACAGGUGGACGGAGUGUGCCAGGAUGAAGUACUCCAGGUACCGCUGCGGCUCAGCUGUCCUCAAUGGAGAAAUCUACAUACUAGGUGGCAUAGGAUGCGAUGGAGAGGACCGUGGACAAUCACGUCGCUGCCUGAGCUCUGUAGAGAUCUAUAACCCGGACACAGACACCUGGAGGGCAGGACCGACGCUGCCCACUUCCCUACUCUCCCUCCGAACAAACGCUUCCAAUGCUGGAGUAGUGGAGGGAAAGCUGUACCUCUGUGGAUACUACAAGGCGGCCGGCCGUUAUGAGAUCAUCACCAAGGAGAUUUUGGAGUUGGACCCCGCAGACAAUGUGUGGACAGUGGUGGAAAGACGAGCAGCGAUGCACGACAGCUAUGAUGUCUGUCUGGUGGCUAACCUCAAUCCUCGGGACCUCUUCACACCCUAAUUAAUCUCCUCCUGACUCUGAGUAACAACAAUGCCAGGAGCCAGCGUGUGUGGGAGCUUCUGUCCUCUAAACGUCAUACAGCUUUAUCCAAACCCGGAAAUCACAUAAAUCAACAGCAAGGUCGAUAUACAUGUGAAAUCUGGAUGUCUUGUCAUUUGCUGUUGGUUUGCUGAACAAAGCAACUGAGGUGGAAAAUGUUUGCAAAGCACAGUUUUUAAAAAAAAUGUAACAAUCAACAAAUCCUCAUACCUAAAAGACAAAAUCGACAGUUUUAUCCAAAAUGACUCAUAUGACCUACUUUGCUUGUGUGAGCAUUUUCUGAUCUUACACCUUUAUAGUUAAGGUUUGGUAAAGUUUAGACAACCAAACCGACAGGAAGAGUGUGAAAUGAUCAUGCUCAGCAACAUUUACUGUUGGUGGGAGGCAGGAUGUGAACUAUGGUCUCUGGGGUCAAAGUCAGACACUUUUGCAGCACUUUAACAAUGUCACACUUCCUUUGCUUUUUCCUCUGGAAGACAAGAAUCAUUAAUCACAUGACCACAAGAAGACAAGAGCAUGAUUGUCACCAAAGCUUAUGUGGUGUUUUAAGCAACUGCACCAAUGACCAUAGAAAAACUUACAAGACAGCAGACUAAAGAGUUAUUAAGCUUUUACUAAUUAUUUAUGUUAAUAAGCCAUUUAAAUUCUUUAUGGAUCAGUGAUAACACAGUAUAAUGUAUUAAUAAAAACACAUUUGGGGUUUCAAAGUUGUGAGCCCACAUUCAGGACAAAAAGUCCUUCAAAUUCCUUUGCUUUGUCCCUGCAUGAAUUAGUAUUUGGACUCUUUUGACCAUCCUGCCCUCUGAAGGAAGGAUGCAGAGUAUAAUAAUGAUAUACUAACAUUUGUUACUGCAGACUUGAUUUCUUGUUGCAAAGUGAUUUAUAAGAAAUCAAGUCUGCAGUUAUUACCAAAAAAAAGAAGAAGAUAUUUUACAGUUAUUACUGACUGGAAAGCGUCAAUAAAUGAUUUGUUAAGUGUUCCACAGAUGCUACAGCCAUGACAAAUGAUAAACUUAAGUAUGUCUUAUUUUAUAGUAGUUCUAUAUCCUGUUAUCAUAAAAAGAGCAGCUUUUUCAUGGUCUUUAUAGACUAUAUGAGGGUAAUAAAUAUGUACCAGUUGAGUUGCCUUUCCACAGAUGAGCAUCCUUUUAUGUUUCUUGGUUAUUUACAUGUAAAUUUGGCAUAAAAACAAAUGAAUUAAAUCCUUCAGUCUUUCCAACUACCAUAAACCUACUUUGUCUCUCUGACUUCAAAGCUUUUGCUUCCUCCCAACUUCUUGUCCAAGAUUUAUUUUCUCUGAGCUCACCGCAUAGCCAAGCAUCAACAAACAUGUCUGAUUGAAGUGGCGGAUUUAGGGUGAGUGUCUGACCCGCUUGACAUUCCAGACAUGCCUUCUUCCCCUCUCUCCUGCUGUGGAGUUGGUCAAAUACGAGCCCCGUCGGAAAACCCAAAAUGAUCCAAAAUCAGUGUGACGCGCCUGGAU